UUCUGAACCUUCUACUUCAGCAUAGGGCUUCUCAUGGACGGGAUGAAUGAACAGGAGAGAGCCAUUGCUUGGCUUUGGGCCAUUGAAGCCCUGGCAAGCUUUAGAGAAAUUGAUGUAUCGCUUUUACAUGACUUGGUUGAGAUGGCUCCAGCUUUACCUGAUGAUAUGGGAAAGAAUGCAAAGGAAAGGGUCGCUUUGAGAUGUUUGGAAGGUUUGCCUAGUCCUUGUGAUGUGAUGAGCAGCAGUGAUGUUCCUUUUGCCCAGCAUUCAAAAUGCAGCUUUGAUUUAUCUGAAAGCUGUGAAAAUGUUCUUAAACGCAUUGUAGAUGAGACACCAGAAUCUGAUCUGAGAGUGGGUGGACCAGGGCUAUUGAAAUGGGAUAUUCGCCCCUUCAUUAUUCACAAAAGAGCUUCUUUGCCUAAAUGUGCAUUGAAACAGCUGAAAGAUUCGAUUAUUGAUGGCACCCAUCCACAUGCUGAUUUCUUGAGAGUAAAGAGUGGCUCAAUGAGAGCUGCUCCGGUGCUCAAAACAUGGGAGUCAAAGGGAACUCCGAUCCUUUGA